AUGACGAAGGCUCCGGGCAAAUCGAGGCUACGCGGCGCUAAGCUGCGCUCCCGACAGCGCAUGAAGGCGAUGACGGUGGGCUUUGGCGUGGCGAUGGCCUUCACGCUGGCACUUUUAUCCAUUGUGAGCACUUCACCGGAUCCGACAGCUACCAACGGCGUCGACCACGUCACGCGGCACCUGCGCGAGUUCUUAACCGACCAGAGCACCCACGGACCUGCCGACGCUGCAAUGGAAGCUCAAGCGCGACGCGACCAGAAGCCAAGCCCGCCUGAUGCUACGGCGCGGGAGGCACAAGCUCGACGCGACCAGAAGCCGAACCCACCGCUCGCCGCAGUGAUGGAGGCGCAGGCUCGGCGGGACCAAAAGCCUUCCAUUAUGACGAUGGAGUCCGAGCUCCGCGUUGCCGGCACGGAAUCAAUCACCCCAGCGCCGGCUAAGGCCGUGACUGACAGCCACGCUCGCACUACAACUACCAAGAGCGCCAUGGAGGCCCUUCCACCCCGACACGAGGAGCGACACGACUGGGAGCCUUCACCCGAUGCAAUCGCCCAUGCAGAAGCGAAGGCUGAGAAGGCAGAAGAGAUCGCCCUGGCGGCGCUCGAGGCAGCAAUGAAGGCCGAGAAGCGUGCUGAAGCUGCUGAAGAAGCUGCGGAGAUAGCCAUCAUCGCUCAAGUUGGCUACAUGAUCGAAGACGCACGGAGAGGAGAGCAGAUCGCGAUGUUUGGCGAGACGGAAGACAGCGACAACAGUGAAGACAGUAAGGGCAGCAAGGACAAUGUCGAGACUGUAAUGGGGAGGCGUUCUUGGUAA